GUGACGCGUUUUAAAACCGUGAGCUCUUCGGCCUAGAGCUGACAAUAUCACUAGUGGGCCAGGCAGUUACACUAUAUGUGGAUGUUUUAAAUUAAGAUAUUAAUUUUUUUUAAAAAAAUUAUUGGUUAUUUUUUAAUUUUUAAAUAUUAAUUGAAUUAAUCAAAAUAAAUUAAUUUGGGGAUGAAUGAUUAUAUUGGUCUUUAAUUAAAUGCUAUUUAAUUUUCGGAAUUAAUUCGGGACUCUGAAUUGGGAUCACGCCGUAGUUCUUCCAAGUGUGACAAUUGCGCAAGUGCAAUAUUGUGGUUUUGACUCCAAUUAUUUUUUAUUAAAAAAAAAAGACAAAUCUGUCUCAAUUAUUCUGCUCGAAAACUCAAUAUUAUAUAAAGGGUAUAUGUAUAUGCUAAUGUAAAGUGGUUUGCACGUCUCUGUUGGUGGCCACCACUUCUAUUGCUGCAUUGCCUAUAUAAUGUUUUCUUCUGAGCCUGCAUUAGCAUUCAUCUCUUCCUGCUUUUUAGACAGAAAAGAGAGAUAUGGCUGCUAUGGCAAUGAAAUUGCUGGCUGCAUUACUCCUAGUGGGAUGCGCCAAUUUAGCUUUGGCUUGGGAUGGAGCUGCUGGAGUGAUACAUGUGGGUGGCAAAGUAAUGUGCCAGGAUUGCACCAAGGGCUACAAUGAAUGGGUUAAUGGUGAUAGACCCAUUAAAGGAUGCAAGGUAUCUCUUACAUGCAUGGAUGAAAGAAGAAGAGUUAUGUACUAUAACAGUGAUGUGACAGAUAAGUUAGGGCAAUUUGAUAUGACUGUGAACAAGUACAUUAAUGGGAAGGAGUUAAAGGAGAAGUUGUGUGCAGUGAGACUUGUAUCAUCUCCAGAUCCUACCUGCAAUAUUCUCACUGACUUUGCUGGUGGAAAAUCAGGGGUGAAGCUCAGGCAACCCACCUUGAUUUAUCGUGAUAUGGUUAAAUAUGUGCUUGGCCCAUUUUAUUUCACUAGUCCAAUGUGUGAUCAACCUGAUACUAGUGAAUCUAAUUAUUACCAUGGAAGUAAUUAUUGACUUCUUGUUUUUAAUUUU